AUUGUCCUCGUAAUCGCACCCCAAAUCAUCACAACGGUUGGAAGUUUGAGAUUCUCUCUCACUCUCACACACACUCACCGUUCCCCCCAUCUUACCAACUACUGUGCAAUGGAAGCAGCUCAAUUCCCAGUGAUCAAACAACCGGUGCCGAUUUCCCAAAUACCACCACCUCCGCCGACAGAAAUCCCUCGAACUCCGUCGUCUCCGGUCGUAAAUCUGCAAAUUCCCGAUUCAAAAGAUAUCAUAACGCCACCACUAGUUGCCAAGCCAUCGAAAUCUUCCUCUCCUUCAACGUCUAACCACAAUGUCAUCAGCAUACCUAGUUAUUCAAGAUGGUUUUCAUGGGAUAAAAUUCAUGAAACGGAGACACGUUUUCUGCCUGAAUUCUUUGAUGGGAAGUCGACUACGAAAAACCCUAGUGUGUAUAAGUAUUAUAGAGAUACUAUGAUUAAAAAAUUUAGAGAAAAGCCUUUGAAUAAGAUUACUUAUACGGAGAUUCGGAAAAUGCUUGUUGGUGAUGUUGGUUCCAUUCGUAGGGUUUUUGAUUUUCUUGAAGGUUGGGGUUUGAUUAAUUAUACUGGCAUGGUUCCGUCGAGGUCGAAGGAAGAGAAAGGGAGUAGUAGUACUGGUAGUGUUAAGUCGACUGAGGGGGUUAUUAAUGUAAGUCCUUACCAGCCUUCUCCUUUGUCUUCUUCAACCAAAGAAGCCGCAAAGAAAUUUUGUAGUGGAUGCAAAACUGUUUGCAGCAUUGCUUGUUUUGUUUGUGAUCAGCAUGAUCUUACUCUCUGCGCAAGAUGCUAUGUUCGCGGAAACUAUCGUGUGGGUGUCAGUGCUACAGAAUUCAGAAGGGUUGAAAUCAGGGAAGCAACUAAGACGGGUGACUGGACAGAAAAAGAUACUCUCCACCUUCUUGAAGCCAUUCAGCACUUUGGUGAUGACUGGAAGAAGGUAGCUGAGCAUGUUGGUGGGAGAAGCGAAAAAGAGUGUGUUGCUCGUUUCAUCAAACUUCCCUUCAAGGAACAAUUUGUAGGCCCUCCAGACUCUGCAGAGGUUGACAAGUACUACGAUACAAAAGACCAAAGUGAGACUGAAGCUGGAGCAGAGAAUGUUUCCUCAUCUUCCCCAGCAAAGAAAAGGUGCCUUACACCACUCGCUGAUGCAAGCAACCCAAUUAUGGCUCAGGUGGCUUUCUUAUCUGCUAUGGCUGGGUCUGGGGUUGCAGAGGCUGCAGCUCGAGCAGCUGUGGCAGCUCUUUCUGAGGAGGACCUUCUUAUUGGUCAUAAAGGGAUCAGAGAAGGAUGUGGGUCUCUUCCUGCUGAAACGGGUGUGGUAUCUGGUGCUACUAACAAUGGCAAUUCCACAUUGUCCAAAUUGGAGGAGUCUGUAUCUUGUGCUCUGGACAAUGACAAUUCCACGUUGAGCAAAUUGGAGGAGGCUGUGCCUGGUGCUGCUGGCAAUUCCACCUUGAGCAAAUUGGAAGAGGCUGUUGGAGAAGCACAGGUGUCUCUUAAGAAGGAAGAGCAAAAUCCGGAGAAAUCCAUAUCAGACAUAGUAGAAGUUCAGAUGAAGGAAAUUCAGGAGAAAAUUGUUCAUUUUGAGGAAAUGGAACUGCACAUGGAGAAAGAGUGGCACCAAUUGCAGGAUAUGAAAAACCAGUUUUUUGCUGAUCAACUGGCAUUUCUAUAUCAUAGUAAAACUCCAUCAAACAAGAAUGCAAGCAUAGAAAAAGGGAGUGUUAAUACAACUGAUAUUGUGACAUGACUUUGCUCACUUCGGAUGGCUAUAUAGUAUGUUGCAUACAAGGAGAAUGCAGAAAAGCUUUGAAGGCUUCGCGCACAUAUAUGUAAUCUAAGUCUCUGCUCUUCAUUGUGAUAUGAAUGAGGUGGUAUAAAAUCAUGCUAAUAUUUCACUUAAAAGAGCCACAUGAUGUACCAUCUAUUCAUUGUAAAGAAUUGACCUCUGAAAAUGAUCCAUUUGAACUAUAGCAAUUUGAAACAAGAUCAACCUUCACAUCUUGCACACUGUUUAUGCGCAUGUAUGUUCUCAU